AUGUGGCUCGGUCUAGUGAUUGCCCACGGUGGCUGCGGUCGACAUUUCUGGCAAGUCACUACGGCCGAGUACGUCGACCUGCUGAAGUGGGCGCUCCCCGUCAACAUCUUUUACAUGCUGUCCGCCGACAUCGCCCAGCUCUCCCUUCUCGUUCUCUAUCUCAACCUCUCCCCGGACCGCACCUACCGGAUUGUACUGCAAGUUUUGAUCGCAGCUUUUGCCGUUUACGCUAUCAUAUACGCAGGCGUCAGCAUCUUUGGCUACCAGCCGUUCCAUGCGCACUGGGAUCUCGAGGCCAUGUCGACGGCCAGACGAAACGCAACAGGAGUCAUCUGCAUCGCAGCCUACUGCUGCUACCUCAAGAUUCAGCUCUUCAACAGCAGCGAAUACACCCACGGCCUCUCCAACGAGCUCUCGUGGAUGCACGGCGAGCUUGCCGGCUGCGUCAUCUGCGCGUCCGCGAGCACCACCCGGGCAUUCUUCGCGCGCUACGUACCCCGGUUCUUGGGCAGUCUGGGUAGCACCCUGCACCCCUGCAAGGUUGACGCAUACACGACGGGCUUGGAGCUCGAGGCGGACUGGCGGAAACAGGCAAAGGUGCAGCUGGACCGGCACGGCGCCAUCCGGCUCGAGUCAGACAACGCCGACCGUUCCGUCGUGCGUUUUUAA